UUCUGUUCAGUGAACACUAGAGGGCGGCAAUGAGCUUAUGUACGACCGCAACCAAUGGACCUUCAAAAACUAUCGCAUUUUCUUCAUCGGACUGGGUAAAAGAAAAUACUGCAAACUGACUGCAUGUUAUGUUGACGUCCGCGGUGGAGAUCCUACAGCCUUUGAUCGUGAUCGACUCCGAGGGGCUGCCUGAUUGGACAAAAGGAGAAUCCCAGGGCUAUAUACUACUGUCCUCCACACCGUCCUCUCAUCCACUAACAAUCUCCGGGCUCUGCACUAGUGCCGCAGCUCCUCUCCUCAAUCUCUCUGCAGGAGUCAUACCUGGAUGCCCGGGGAGGGGCCCGCCUGGAGAAAUGUAUUUAUGAUGCAUUGGAUUUCUGAGCGGUAUUAUUAACAGGCGUCAGAUUCCAAACUUUGCUGCGGUGGUGGAACACCGCAGGCUGCAGGACUCGGAACCCGUGUUCCGCACAACAGACGCAGUGGUUUGGAUGGUGGAGGUGCAGACGGGAUCGCUCGCUUUCUCCAUGAACUAGAAUCACAUGUCAGUGAGGGGGUCAGUACUAGCAAACUUCUCUCAAGGAUAGCCAGCGUCUUUCUCUCUGCCCCAGUUUGGGGAGACUGAGGAAGUCAUAGCCUAAAAUGUCUACGAUUCGAAGGAAGUUUGCCGAGGACUACCGGGUGGUCCACACCGACCAGGGGGUCCAUACCGACCAGGUGGUCCAAACCGACCAGGGCGCCCCUCUCUCCAAGCCCGCCAGGCGGAAGAGGCAGCGGCUCGUGGAGAAGAACGGCCGCUGCAACGUGCAACACGGUAACCUGGGAGGGGAGAGCGGCCGCUAUAUCUCCGACCUCUUCACCACCCUGGUGGACCUCAAGUGGCGCUGGAAUCUGCUAAUCUUCAUCCUGACCUACACGGUGGCCUGGCUGGUCAUGGCCUCCAUGUGGUGGGUCAUUGCCCUCAUCCGCGGCGACCUCCGGCCGGGCGGCCACGAUGCGUCCCACACGCCGUGCGUCGCCAACGUGUACAACUUCCCGUCCGCCUUCCUGUUCUUCAUCGAGACCGAGGCCACCAUCGGCUACGGCUACCGGUACAUCACCGAGAAGUGCCCCGAGGGCAUCGUCCUGUUCCUCUUCCAGUCGCUGCUGGGCUCCGUGGUGGACGCCUUCCUCAUCGGCUGCAUGUUCAUCAAGAUGUCGCAGCCCAAUAAGCGCGCCAAGACGCUGAUGUUCAGCCGCACCGCCGUGCUCUCCCGGCGGGACGGUCGGCUGUGCCUCAUGUUCCGGGUGGGGAACCUCAGGGACAGCCACAUGGUGUCAGCACAGAUCCGCUGCAAACUUAUCAAGGUAAAGUUACAGUGAAAUAAUGGUGAAAAACUUAAAAACUUUAAAGCCAAAAAGUAGACCGCAUCACGGUAAACACUGAACAUGUGCGUUAUGAGGGCAUUGGAUGGCCAGAGUCGAAAGGGCUACUCCCAAAUUAACCAGGGGGAUGGAUUUUGUAUCGAGGUCAAGCCUUUUUUGUCUGAGGUUUUACAUGGACGUUGAUUUUGAUGGUUUUUGGGGUAACAGUUACAAGUUUAAUUACAUUAAACUGCUAUGCUGAUCUCUAAUCUAAAACAUUUCCCCUAGUUC